UAAAAAAUGUCCCUAUUAUAACCUCAAUCGAAGAAAAAUAGAAUUCUCAGAUUCCUACGCUGAAGUAGAGGUGAAAUCGCUGUAUUUUGGAGUUAAUAUGUUGAUUUCCGGAGCGAGUGAUAUCAUAAGUCCGAUUGGUCAUGAAGACUUGGGAUUAUAUUAUUUUUUGUAUGAGUCUGGAGUGAUGAUUACGAUUGCACAUUGCGUGAUUUUUGCACAAAUAUGUUUUUUGUACAAUUUUGGACGUGGUUGGUUUUUUAAUCAAGUUGAACUCUUGAUAAAACAAUUAAAGAAAGUUUAUCUUUCACCGACUUUAGUACAUCAAACUUUACAAUAUUUUGAAACUCUCUGGAAUGUUCUCCGUGGGGAAAUUACACCCGAAUUGGUAACAAUGGCGCCGUUACAUCUACAACAACCUAUUUUGAUUGCAUUCUUUGCUAAACAUAUUGAACAACAUUUUCUCUUUGCUGAUACACAUAUUGAUUUUCUCCGACAGUUGUAUUUGCAUGUACAGAGAUGGUUUUUGAUAUCAUCACAGACGAUUGUAUAUCAAGGAGAUGUUGACUAUUCUAUGUAUUUCAUUACCAGUGGGAUGGUUCAAGGCGCCCAACUAGACGGUGACAGAGAAAUUAAAUUUUUGUUGAGGAAAGGCGAGAGUUUUGGAGAAUUGAAUGGGUUGUUUGGAGGGCCACAUCGUGCGACGUACACGUGUUUGACUUCCGUGGAAUUGCUUGUAUUACAAAGAGACAAGUGGGAGUAUUUGCUCGAAUGGUUCCCGGCUUCCAAGGCGCAGAUUCUUGAAAUGGCAGAGCGGUUUAGAACAGUUGCAACUUUACAAUUAUUACAUGUUCUAAAAAGCGAUUAAUAACUAUAACGAAGUAUAGAUACACAGGAGACCGAACGCAAUGUUAAACGAAUGGUCUCGGUCUAGGGAACAGAAC